GGCGGCGGCGGCCCAGAAAGCGGCGCUCGGGGGCGGCGGCGGCUCCUGCUGAGGCGGCUCCUGCUGAGGCGGCGCCGUGGGGGCGGCCGUGACGGACCCGCGCUCCUCCUCCCGGGCCCGAAGAUGCCGGCCGUGUCGAAGGGGGACGGGAUGCGGGGCCUGGCCGUGUUCAUCUCGGACAUCCGCAACUGCAAAAGUAAAGAAGCAGAAAUAAAGAGGAUAAACAAAGAGUUGGCAAAUAUUAGAUCAAAAUUUAAAGGUGACAAGGCCCUCGAUGGUUAUAGUAAAAAGAAAUAUGUCUGCAAGCUGCUUUUCAUCUUCCUCCUUGGCCACGACAUUGACUUUGGGCACAUGGAAGCUGUGAACCUGCUGAGCUCCAACCGGUACACGGAGAAGCAAAUCGGCUACCUGUUCAUCUCCGUGCUGGUGAACUCCAACAGCGAGCUGAUCCGCUUGAUCAACAACGCCAUCAAGAACGACCUGGCCAGCCGCAACCCCACCUUCAUGGGGCUGGCGCUGCACUGCAUCGCCAAUGUGGGCAGCCGCGAGAUGGCCGAGGCCUUCGCCGCCGAGAUCCCCAAGAUCCUUGUUGCUGGGGACACCAUGGACAGCGUGAAGCAGAGCGCUGCCCUGUGCCUGCUGCGCCUGUACAGGACGUCCCCCGAUCUCGUCCCGAUGGCCGACUGGACAUCCCGCGUGGUACAUCUCCUCAACGACCAGCAUUUGGGUGUGGCCACCGCCGCCGCCAGCCUCAUCACCACUUUGGCACAGAAGAGUCCGGAAGAGUUCAAGACCUCCGUCUCUUUGGCUGUCUCCAGACUGAGCAGGAUUGUGACGUCGGCGUCCACAGACCUUCAGGACUACACUUACUACUUCGUCCCCGCUCCCUGGCUGUCAGUCAAACUCCUGAGGCUGCUGCAGUGCUACCCGCCCCCAGAAGACCCUGCAGUGCGAGGCCGCCUGACUGAGUGCCUGGAGAUGGUUCUGAACAAAGCCCAGGAACCGCCCAAAUCAAAGAAGGUCCAGCACUCAAACGCAAAGAACUCCGUGCUCUUCGAGGCCAUUAGUUUGAUCAUUCACCACGACAGCGAGCCCAACCUGCUGGUGCGCGCCUGCAACCAGCUGGGCCAGUUCCUGCAGCACCGCGAGACCAACCUGCGCUACCUGGCGCUGGAGAGCAUGUGCGCUCUGGCCAGCUCCGAGUUCUCCCACGAGGCCGUCAAGACGCACAUCGAGACUGUCAUCAACGCCCUCAAGACGGAGCGGGACGUGAGUGUGCGGCAGCGGGCAGUGGACCUGCUCUACGCCAUGUGCGACAGGAGCAACGCGCAGCAGAUCGUGGCGGAGAUGCUGAGCUACCUGGAGACGGCCGACUACGCCAUCCGCGAGGAGAUCGUGCUGAAGGUGGCCGUCCUGGCCGAGAAGUACGCCGUGGACUACACCUGGUACGUGGACACCAUCCUCAACCUGAUCCGCGUCGCCGGCGACUACGUCAGUGAGGAGGUGUGGUACCGGGUCAUCCAGAUCGUCACCAACAGGGACGAUGUGCAGGGCUACGCCGCCAAGACGGUGUUCGAGUGUCCUGUGAUCCGACAGGCUCUCCAGGCCCCAGCCUGCCAUGAAAAUCUGGUCAAAGUGGGCGGCUACAUCUUGGGAGAGUUCGGAAACUUGAUAGCCGGGGACCCACGAUCCAGCCCUCUGGUCCAGUUUGACCUGCUGCACUCCAAGUUCCACCUGUGCAGCGCAUCCACCCGCGCGCUGCUCCUGUCCACCUACAUCAAGUUUGUGAACCUCUUCCCGGAGGUGAAGUCCACCAUCCAGGACGUGCUGCGCUGUGACAGCCAGCUGAAGAACGCUGACGUGGAGCUGCAGCAGCGGGCCGUGGAGUACCUGCGACUCAGCACCAUUGCCAGCACCGACAUCCUGGCCACGGUGCUGGAGGAGAUGCCCCCGUUCCCAGAGCGCGAGUCCUCCAUCCUGGCCAAGCUCAAGAGGAAGAAGGGCCCGAGCACCAUGGCAGACCUGGAGGGGAGCAGGCGGGAGAGGGGCACCGACCUCAACGGGGGCACUGAGCCUGCCCCUGCCAGCACCACGUCCACGCCGUCUCCGUCGGCCGACCUCCUGGGGCUCGGGCCUGCACCCCCUACCCCCGCAGGCCCCCCACCCUCGGGCGGCAGUGGUGGGCUGCUCGUGGACGUGUUCUCUGACUCGGUGUCUGCAGUCGCAUCUCUGGCUCCCGGCUCUGAAGACAACUUCGCCAGCCCUGACCUGGCUUCAGCUGAGCUAGUUUCUGAGGAACCAGCUGAGACUGUGCACGAUGCUGAUGAACUUGUCCACACGUUUGUCUGUAAAAAUAAUGGUGUAUUGUUUGAAAACCAGCUGCUUCAAAUUGGACUUAAAUCUGAAUUUCGGCAGAAUUUAGGUCGGAUGUUCAUCUUCUAUGGCAACAAGACCUCCACGCAGUUCCUGAGCUUCACGCCGACGCUGCUCUGCUCUGACGGCCUGAGGGCAAACCUGCACCUGCAGACCAAGCCAGUGGACCCCACGGUGGAUGGGGGCGCCCAGGUGCAGCAGGUGGUCAACAUCGAGUGCCUCUCCGACUUCACGGAUGCGCCGGUCCUCAGCAUUCAGUUCAGGUACGGCGGCACCUUUCAGAGCGCGUCCGUGAAGCUGCCCGUCACCCUCAACAAGUUCUUCCAGCCCGCGGAGAUGGCGGCUCAGGAUUUCUUCCAGCGCUGGAAGCAGCUGGGCCACCCUCAGCAGGAAGUGCAGAACAUCUUCAGAGCCAAACACCCAAUGGAUGCAGAGGUCACCAAGGCGAAGAUUAUUGGAUUUGGUUCUGCACUCCUUGAGGAAGUCGAUCCUAAUCCCGCCAAUUUUGUGGGAGCUGGAAUCAUCCAUACCAAAACCACCCAGAUCGGAUGCUUGCUGCGCCUGGAGCCUAAUCUCCAAGCCCAGAUGUACCGACUCACGCUGCGCACGAGCAAAGAAACCGUCUCUCAGCGACUGUGCGAGCUCCUCUCAGAACAGUUUUAAUCCGCAAGGACGGAAGACGUGGCCCACGUGUUUGUGCAUUUGUCUUCAUUUCUACCAUUUGUCUUUGUUUCCAUACCGCAAAUAAAUACCCCUUAUCUGACGGUCUCAGUGCAAGCACGAGGCAUCUCCCAGCCCUGCUUCUCCAGACCCUGUCCCUCUUGGGUCACAGGUAGAAAUAACAGGUGGAUGGUUUAUGAAAAGGCAAAACCUGGGCUGUAGAGGGCCGGCUCUGUCAGGAGGGGCCAGUUUCAGUAGGAAUCAAGGCAGUUCUUUGGUUAAAUCUACAAAUUAAAGGGAAAGUACAUGUUUGGAUGACAAUGGGAAUUUCAUUGACAUUUUACUGGAACGUUCUGCUCUGUUACUGUAAGCAGCAGGCCCCAAUUCUUGAGAAGAAUCCCUCUUUGGUUUCCAGGGACCUUAAGGCUCAGUGAGGCCUCUGGCUACUCAGUGGGUGACACCAGUUGCCAGGAGCGGCCUGGCCGAGGGCCCUGCGGUGGAGGGAGCAGCUGUCUGCCUGGAUUUUGUCUCUGCUUUCAGUUGGGCAACUUCUCUAGGGCAGGUUUUAAAUCUAGAAAUUGGGAACAUUUGUAUUUUUAGUAACUGUCCACAAAAACACGUGUCCUGGUUUGAUUUAUUUCUGUUUUCCUCUUCCCAACACACAUUCUUAAAGGGUGUGUUGACAUCACCCUCUUACUGUCUGUCUGAGACCUUACAUCCGCUGUCCGGCUCUCUGGUGUGUUGCCCCAGACCAGGUGCACUGUCUCCGUAGCGUCUUCUGAGGGUUUGUUCCCGUUUGUGACUGGGGGGUUAAAUGUGGGGUAGCUGAGCAGGGGCCAGAGCUGACCUUCUUCUGCCCCUGGCUGGUGGCCUCCGCCUGGAAGGUGGGCUGGCACACUGCGGACCCCCCUGAGUCCAGGCUCGUUGCCCGGCAGGCAGGCAGGGCGGAGGCAUAAGCGUUGCAGCUCAUGAGGGCCCGUGUGCCAUGUGUCACUGGGCGGUAGCUCAGCUUCCGCACAUGUUGUCCUGCGCCUGCCACCCCAGUGACGAGGGAGGAGCAGAACCAAGAGGCCUCGGGGUACUAGGCCCAGCGGCCCCAGUUCUGUUACCAAGAUGAUGCUCUGGAAUUGCGUCCUGGCGGAAGGAGCAGGUGGGGCAGGUAUAUCCUCAGCAGACGCAUCUGUUGUCAGCGCUCGGGAGCCCUCGGGCUGCCCCUGGCCUCUGUCUCCCAGCACACUCCUCCCUGCUGCCUGCCAGGCAGCUUGUGGGGCUCCCAGGAGGGGCUACAGCAGGGCGCCUGCAGGCAGUGGGUUCUAGCCCAGGGGCCUAGGGAUAUGGGGCGCUCACGGCUGUGGUGCAGCCACACCCUGCAGGAGCCCUGGGACAGCGUGAGCCCCCAGCUUUGAGGCCUCCCACGGUGUGCGCGUAGCCACCCGAGGUGAUGCCCGUCCUGCGUCGGGCCAGGGGAGAUGGCAGAGCAGGUGGCCUCGGUGUGCGCAUCCCAGCGGCCGUCCCUCUGUGUGAACCGAGCCCCCUCCACGAGAACAGGACUGAGUGCCACGUUAAAGGCAGCUUUUCCCUCUGUAGGGUGACAUCCUUGGCAUUGAAAAUACACUAAAUCAUUGGUGGAGUGUGUUACCUUUUAAAGAAAAAUAAAUGGCUAGAAUGGUGA